CAGAAAUCAGAGCGACGAGACAAUCUGACAUCAGGAUCUUCAUCAGAUCACUUCUGCUGAAAUAUGACCAUAAAGCUGGUUUCAGUCUUCCUCGUCUUGCUGGCUCCACUGUUGACCAGCUGCCUGCCGCUCAUUCUGCCGGGAGACUGCAGUGACAUUUACCACAAUGACAACAGCCGACCCAGUGGAGUGUACACCAUCUAUCCCAUCGGAGCCACGUCUGCUGUCCAGGUGUACUGUGACAUGGUCUCAGAAGGAGGACGGUGGACGGUGUUCCAGAGGAGGAUGGACGGCACAGUGAACUUCUACAGGGGCUGGGAUCAAUACAAGACUGGCUUUGGUAUCGCUGCUGGAGAGUACUGGCUCGGUCUGGAGUCUCUCUACCACCUGACUCUGAGGAGAAAGUACGAGCUGAUGGUCGAUAUGGAGGACUUUAAAGGAAACAAAGUGUUUGCUCGUUACUCCUCAUUCUCCAUCGACCCAGAGUCCUACGGAUACAAACUGCAUGUUUCUGGAUUCAUUAAUGGAGGAGCAGGAGACUCCCUGAUCAGUCGUCACAACGGACAGAAGUUCUCCACCUUCGACAAAGACCAGGACCCCUGGGGAGGGAACUGUGCCAGAUUACACAUGGGGGCGUUCUGGCACGGCGUCUGUCACUAUACAAAUCCAAACGGUAUCUAUCUUUGGGGGGCUGACAGCACUGUCUUUGCUGUUUCAGUGAGUUGGUGGAGUUGGAAAGGUCAUGACUACUCCCUGAAGAGCAUCAGCAUGAAGAUCCGUCCUGUGCAGUAG